AAUCCCCUCCGCACCCCGCUCCAGCCUGCCUGCUCUCCUCUCCUCUCUAGUAGUAUAAUAUACUCCUCUUCCCAAUCUGGCUCUCUCUCUCUCUCUUCAUGUGCUAGCUCCAUCUUCUUCCUCCUCGGCCCAGCUUACAGACACAGCUCUUGUUGGACAGAGAGAGAGAGGGAGGGGGGGUUCGAAUUGAAUUGAAUCCCACCGACCGGGGCAGUGCAGUGCACGCACCUCCCCCUCACUCCUUUCCAUUUACCUCCACCUAUAUAGCUCCCCGUAUUUCCACCCCGCCCUCUUCUCUCUUAGCAGUACAGUGCGGUGCGGUGCGGUGCCUCUCCAUAUAAUUUCAGCUGGUGCAAACCAGAGAGCAGCAGCUUUCUCCUACCUCUCCCUCGGACUACACCACAGCUAGAACAGCCAUGCUCAUGCAGGAAGAGAACUAGAUAGCUAGCUAGAGUUAGUCCCUUGUUUACAUAGCCAGCAGCUAGCUUCUUCUUGAUCAGCAGCAGAUAGGUAGAGGAGUUCUUUUCUUUCCUCAGUUUUCAUACCAAGGCAAGCCAGCCAGGAAGGAGCAAGGAAGAGAUACCGGUGAUCGAUCGGUUGAAGGAAACAGAGGAGUUUACAGAGUAACGCAGGCGAAGACGGGAAGAGAGUCAGGGGUUGAGGAGAUUGGGAUUGAGAUUGCGAUGGCGAGCGGGCGGUUCAUGGAGGAGAUGAUGAGGGAGCACGAGCAGAGCCUGCUGGAGGCGACGUGCGGCGGCCUGUUCGACCACAUCGAGGACCUGCUCGACUUCCCCAAGGAGGACUCGGCGGAGGACGUGCUGCUCCUCGACGCGCCGGUGCCUGACAGCCCCCUCGCCGCGCGCGUCCUCGCCGGCGGCGCGCCCCCGCCGGCGCCGGCCUCGCUUGAGCAGCAGCAGCAGCAGGCGUCGCUCAUGGUGCCCCCGCCCCCGCCCGCCGGGGACCACUCCGCGGCCUUCCUCGGCGCCCUCGGAGACACCCACAUUGGCACGUGCGACGAGCUGGACAUGGACAUGGCGCAGCUCGAGUGGCUGUCGGGGCUGUUCGACGACACCUCCAUCCCGCACGAGCCGGCCUUCGCCUGCGCCGCGCCCAUCAUCAGGGCCUCCGCGCUGAGUGCCAACGCCGGCGUCGUGCUGCCCGACAAGAUGGAGGACGCGCUCUUCCGCAGCUCCAGCCCCACCUCCGUGCUCGAGGACGGCGCGAACAACGUCAACGUGAACAUGAACAACAACAACAGCGGGGGCUCCUCGGCGUCGUCGACGUCGUCGUCGGCAUCGUCCUCCUCGGAGUCAUUCUCCGGGUGCGGCCGCCCGUGGUCUGUGCCGCUGUCGCCGCGCCCGGAGCCGCCGGUGCUCGUCAUCCCGGCGCGCGCGCGCAGCAAGCGGUCCCGCGCCUCAGCGUUCCCCGCUGCCAUCCGCGCCGCUGUGCCCGCGCCCGAGACCAUCCUCGUGCCGACGCCCAUGUUCUCCUCCACCUCCUCCUACUCGGAGGAGCCCGAGUGCAUUGCCGAGUCCAACUCGCAGCCCAAGAAGAAGAAGAAGGCCAAGAGGCCGACCCCACCGGUCACCUCUGAUGCUGAGGGCGACGCCGACUACGAGGAAGGCAGCGGCGGCGCCGCGCUCGCGCCCGGCGAGGUGCGGAGGUGCACGCAUUGCCAGAUCGACAAGACGCCGCAGUGGCGCGCUGGGCCGCUGGGGCCCAAGACGCUCUGCAACGCAUGCGGCGUGCGCUACAAGUCCGGCCGCCUCUUCCCGGAGUACCGCCCGGCGGCCAGCCCCACCUUCGUGCCAGCCAUCCACUCCAACUCCCACAAGAAGGUGGUGGAGAUGCGCCAGAAGGUUGAGCCCAAGGGCGACGACCUGCUGCAGUUCAUCCGCCGCCGGGAUUGAUCGAGCUCCCCGUGCCGGCAUCGGUCGCCGGACGGUUGGUCUCGUCUCAUCCCCCUUAGCUAUUAUAUAUGUAUACAUGCUAGUAUGUAUGCAUUGCAUGCUUGCUUCCAUCCAAGUAGUCAGUCAGUCAUCGUCGUCCGUCGUCAUGCAUCCACCCACCAUCAUCGCCAUGCAUCGGUUUCAGUCAGCAUCCACCCAUCAAUCGCCGGGCAUCCUGGCCGGCGUUAGUUCAAUAGGGCUUUUCUUUUGGGUUUACUCCACCUCUUUUUCUUCGUCUAUUACUUAAUUGGUUCCCCCUAAGAAGAUUUUUUGUUUGUAUAGAGGAGGGUGAGUGAGGAGGGCAGGAGAAAUAGAUGGAUGGAUCAAUCACAGAGUCAGUGGUUGUUGCAUUGCAGUUGCUUGCAAAUUAGGUACUAGGUGAGAAGGAGAGCUAAACCAGCAGCAGCAGCAGCAGAGGCAGAGGCAGCUAGGCAGUCAAUUAGGAAAGUUGGUGUGUGCUCUGAAGCAAGAGUGAAGUCAAGGAGAUUUGUUGGUUUGCUAUAUAAGUUAGAGAGAAACUUUGUGUCAAGUAGUAGCCAUCAGGAGGUUGAAGUAGGGGGAUCACCAAUCAAUCAUAGUCAGCAGUUUAUAUUGGAGCUUGGUGUACUCAACUCUGAAUAUUCUUUUUGCAGUUCAUCUAUGUUUAGGGAUUUAUAAGUGGUGUC